GUUUAAAGAAAAAGCAGCCCGAACUCUCCUAGCUUGCUUUCCGGCUAUUCGACUAGAAAUAACCCGGGUCCCGAGGAACUGGUAUCCAAAUUCGGUUCUCUACGGAUGUUAGACUGGGGUUCUUCAAGGUCCAUUUCUUAGGUUCCUCGGCGCCGUAGCUGUUGCGGUCUAGUUUCUCACCGAGAAUGGAGUUCCGGUAUCUCUGUGCGGAGCAAGCUCCCACUCUAUAACUAAAAGUCAAAGGGAGGCUAAUUUAUUUUCUCGUCCACGCACAUUGCAACAUGGCGCCACUUGCGCGAACAGUGUACAAUGCCUGCGGGCUGCUCCUAUCGGGACUCCUGCUGUUAGGAUAUCCUCCAGCCACUGAAGCAGGUGUCGUUAGGAGACUUUCUAACGAAUAUCAAGUCGCAUCGGUAGGCCGUGAGCGCGUUAGCGUUAACGAUGGCUGGCGCUUUUCUCGUUUCGAAUCAAAUCCGGAUUCAUUAUCAUACAGCACACUGAAGGAAUGGAUUCUCCCUUCCGGCAACGACUUCAUCGUCAACGGUGCCAAGCAUGAACGUCCUGAGAAAACUGCUCCGGGCGGCGACGUCAAGUAUGUGCAAGCAUCAUUCGAUGAUAGCGAGUGGGAGACUGUGAACGUUCCGCACGAUUGGGCCAUUAAAGGUCCUUUCCAUGCCCCAGGGAUUCCGAAUAGCAUGGGUGCCUUGCCUAUCAACGGCGUAGGAUGGUAUCGUCGCAACCUGACAAUAUCACCAAGCGACGCCGACAAGUCUAUUUUCUUGGAUAUCGACGGCGCCAUGUCAAAUUCCGCGGUGUGGAUCAACGGUCAAAUUAUUGGUGGAUGGCCCUACGGAUACAAUUCUUUCCGUUUGGACCUUACUCCGUACGUAAAGGCUGGAGAGAACCUGCUAGCGAUCCGAAUCGACAACCCUUUGAACUUCUCACGCUGGUACCCCGGUGCCGGUCUCUACCGCAAUAUCUGGCUUGUUAAGGUUGACCAGACUCAUAUUGGUCAAUAUGGCACGUAUAUUACGACCCCGGUCGUAUCUGCAGAAUCGGCUGAUGUCGAGCUAACCAUUGAGAUUGAAAACAAGGGAAAUUCUAGUCGCCAGGUAGGGGUAAAAACCGAAGUAUAUGUCUUCGACGCUGAAACCGGGAAAGCUGGAACAGACGUGAUUGCAUCCUUCCCACAGUCAACCGUAAGCGUAUCAGCUAGCAGCAAAAAGUCCGUGAAUGCUUCGGUAACGGUAGAAAAUCCACGACUCUGGGGACCUAAGCCGGAUCAAGUACCUAACCUAUACGUCGCCGUUACGAAGCUUCUUUCCAAUGGUACCGUCAUCGACACCUACGAGACGCGCUUUGGUAUCCGAUCUAUCACCUACGACGCUAACACGGGAAUCCAUGUAAACGGCAAGAGGGUUUACAUCCAAGGCACCAACAACCACCAUGACCAUGGCUCGAUCGGCGCUGCAUUCCACCUCAGAGCAGCUGAGCGUCAGCUAGAUCUACUACAGGAGAUGGGCUGCAAUGCGCUUCGAAUGUCUCACAAUCCACCAGCCCCUGAGCUGCUCGACCUGGCGGACACGUACGGCUUUUUGGUCCUGGACGAAAUCUUCGACGUCUGGAAGCAGCAAAAGAUUGAGGAUGACUAUCACGUAUAUUUCGAGGAGUGGCACGAGCCGGAUAUCCGCAACUUCAUCCGACGUGACCGUAAUCACCCCUCCAUCAUAGCCUGGAGCUUCGGCAACGAAAUCGUCGAGCAAUCAACACCUUCCGGCGGCGCAACAGCCCGCGAACUCCACAGCAUCAUGCAAGAAGAGGACCCAACGCGACAAAUCAGCGCCGGCAUCAACAGCGCAAAGGCCGGUAGCGAAUUCUCCAACGCCGUCGACAUCCCUGGCAUGAACUACCAGGGCGAGGGCCGCGGCACGUCGUUCGAUUCGGCGUACCCAAGCUACCACUCUACAUACCCCGGAAAAGUGCUUUGGAGCACCGAGAGCUCGUCGGGCGUCAGCUCGCGCGGGACCUACAUAUUUCCGGUGACGAGCGCUAAUAGCACGACCGUCGGCGACGAUUCGGGUUCGGAUCCUACGACGCUAUUCGUUAGCGCGUAUGAGCUUUACGCUGUCUCGUGGGGUUCGUCGCCGGACAAGGUGUUUGGGAUGCAGGAUAGGUUCCCCUAUGUUGCGGGCGAGUUUGUGUGGACUGGGUGGGACUAUCUGGGCGAGCCUACGCCGUUUGACACCGAGGCUCGUAGUUCAUAUUUUGGAAUUAUUGAUCUGGCCGGGUUUAAGAAGGACCGUUUCUACUUAUAUCAAGCCCGUUGGCGCCCUGAUUUUCCUAUGGCGCACAUCCUACCUCACUGGACCUGGCCCAGCCGCGUCGGCGAAGUAACUCCAGUCCACGUGUUCUCAGGCGCCGACGAGGCCGAACUAUUCGUCAACGGAAAGUCCGCCGGUAAACUUCAAAGGGAACCAUCCAACUACCGCUUCCGAUGGGAUAAUAUUACCUAUGCGCCGGGCGAGCUGCACGUCGUCACGUAUAAAGACGGUGCUAAAUGGGCCGAGGAUACGGUGAAGACGGCUACCGAGCCUGCGAAACUAAAUAUCACAGCGGACCGCACGACAAUCCGCGGCGACGGUCACGAUCUGUCGUUUAUCACUGUUGCUGUUACUGACGAGAGCGGUACGACUGUGCCUGAGGCUAGCAAUGCCAUCACGUUCUCUAUCUCCGGCCCUGCCGAGAUUCUGUCAACCGACAAUGGCAACCCCACCGACUUCACUGCGUUCCCGAGUUUGACGCGUGACGCCUUUAGCGGACUUGCCCUUGCUGUUGUCCGUUCGGAGUCGGGGGGUUCUGGAGACAUUACAGUCCGUGCAGAGGCGGAGGGACUUAAGGGGGCAGAGAUAGUGCUGAAGGCUACGUAAGUGGAAAGGGGGUUUAUAGUAUCUAAAUAUAGGCCGGAUUAACGAAAAC